CUUCUGGAUGCCAUAUGAAUAAACAAUUAUAGGUAGACAAAUUUUGGGCUCACGGUUAUCAGGUGGACUGUCCAUUCGGCGAUAAGCGUGCGUAUAUUAUACUCAAUAGCAGCAGGAAACAUCGCAAUAAGAUAUUAAACGUUGGAACGAUAAGAUCAGCGAAAUUCAGCAACUGUACGGAGAUUCAUACAGACGAGAAAUAGAUCAGAGAAAAAUAAAAAAAAUUGUUCUUCAUAGAGUUUUUAGUGUGAUAUUGAAUUGAAAAAUUUAUAUAUAUGUUUGCACGUAAAAAAUAGGAUAAUAAAAAAAUCCUUGAAGUGUUGUGAAAACUAUCCGGAAAAAAUAUAAAAUACAAAAAACCGUGAUUAUACAUAUCUACAAAACUCCAAAGAUGUCUCAGGAAAUAGAUUCGAAAUUGCAACUCAUACUACUUCACAUCAUACUACUCUCCUUUAGCGGCGCAUAUGGCGCAUCUCAGCCACAAUAUCAGGUUUCACUCUAUGUAUCGUUACAUCCUCGUGCGCCGCCCAUACACUAUUGCAACGGUGUAAUCGUACAGAGUUCACUGAUAUUAACCACCGCCAGUUGUACCUUUUAUCAGCCUGCCGUGGUUGACGAAAGUGGUGCACCAGUGCAUAUACCAGCGACUAAGAUCAGUGUUGUGCCAGGUGUUGAUGGCACUUACAGUGUGCUGAACACAUUCAAUGUGCUGGAGAUUAAUAUCGCACCGGGUUUUAACUACACCACAUUGGAGAAUAAUUUAGCGCUGCUUCGUUUGGAUACGACACUGCCACUGGGGCAGCGUGUUGAUGUGCAAUGGAUUAUAAUGGAUGAUUAUGUAAGCGAAGAGGAAGCAUUGUACAUGGCUGGAUUUCCGUCAUUAAAUACGGAUCCAAGCUCCAUGUUGCUAGAGAGUGUACAAAUAUUACCCAACGAGCAAUGCGCAAUGCAGCCAACGGAGGCGGCGCUUGGAUCUAGAAAUGAAAGCAUUUGCGCCAAAUAUCCAUACACAUAUCCUUACGCAAUCGGACCGGAUUGUGAGUACCCCACGGACUUUCCCACAUUUAAUUUCGAUUACGGCACUGGUCUCAUCGCACGCAGCCAUUUGUUUGCCUUAUUCUCGCACGCAAUCCUUGCGCCCACUACGACGUCCAACCCAAAUGCAAACAACUGCCACGAGCCACUGGCGUUUAAUGCAAUUUUCAUAACGGUAGGCCCGCAUUUGGAUUGGAUUUAUGGUAUUAUCGCAAGCGAGGAAAUGUUAGCAUUGCAUCAAGAAGACUUUAUGUACUCAGCGCCUUAUCAGCAAGAUGUUAGUAGCGCUAUGAAGUUCUACUCAUCGCAUGCGUCAGCUACUGUGACGUCAUUAAUAGAAGCAACAACAACAACAACAACGACGCUCACGGUGGUGACAACCACGAACGCAGCCACAACUAAUCCGGGAAGCACGGAGGCGAGUUUAUUGUCACAGCAAAUGUCUCGCGUGACUAACGGUGCACACAAGACCUUGGAUGUUAAGUUCGCGCUAUUAUUUUAUGGUUUAGUCUUCACAUUUUCGGCUUAUUUCCUAAUCUAAGCACACACAACUGUACAUAUCUACCAAGAUUUAGAUAGAAGACACAAUAAUUUCGCAUGCAAUUGUACCCUCUUCCCUAUUUCGACAUGAGUUUCACAAAAGAAAUCAAGUUAACCCAUCUGCACGUUAUGAUGCACACUUGGGACAAACUUAUUGGCCUUGGCAGUUCGUUCUCAUUGAAGUUUCCUGAUUAUAUUUGAAAGCUGUCUAUUUAAUACUUCAGUAAAAGCAAGUAAGGAACCCAAAUCUCGGAUUUUAUGCCGCCAAGAGCAAUUAGGUUCAGUUAAUUUUAGUUUAGUAGUGCACCAACGGAGCAACAGCUUGCAGCGAGGAUGCUUCAAGUCCUUCAUAUCAUGGUUUAUUUUCCUUGCGUGUGUUAUAGAUGACUGCAGCAUUGUUGUUGUUGUAGCCGCAAAAGUAUUCCCCAAAGUAGUUUUUGCUGAAUUGGCAGUGAUCUGAAGACUUGUGUGGCCUCAAACUGUCAGCGCUCAAUUGUAACCUAAGCCUUUACGACUGCGCCAUCAGCACCAUUUCCUACAACUUCAGCAUCACCACUAUAUCUGUAUAAAACUCAACUAAACCCCCACAUCCAGCUCCAUCUCCUACUCCCAGAGUCCUACGUAAAAGAUCCGUCACGUAACUCUCUCGCCGCCUGUAUUACAAACGGACGUACAGACCAGCACUCCGUCCUUCCGGGCGGAGGUUAUUCUGCAGUUUGGUCACCCUCUUCACUAGCUGCAGAAGGAGCACCGGCUCGAACUCCAUAGAAAGAAAGUCUUUGGCGUAAAAUUUCCGACAGUCAACAACCCAAAAUUAUUGGGAGUCACAUUCUACAGCCUGCUCCGCAUACGACUGCAGUUGCCACAAAAUUACAGUACCGGCCGUAAACUGCUCCGAUCUGUAUGCCGGGCAUUGGUGAGAUGCAGUUGAAGAAGCUACAAGCGCGCCAAAACACCGCCCUCAGCAACAUGACCGGAAGCCUGCUGAUGUCGUCAGAGCAACACUUGUACAGCGAAGCAUUUAUGCUACGAUUUAAGAAGGAUAAUGCUAUA